AUGGCUCUGACAAUGAUGGACGGUCCGAAUCGGAAGGCCUGCGACCGAUGUCAUACACAGAAGCUCAGCUGUAAGCGUGUCGGCGAUGAAGCUUGCGAGCGAUGUGUCAGGCUCAAGACUCAAUGCAAAUCAAGCCCCUCCCUGCGCUAUCGGAAACAGCACCAGCAGCGCUCGACAGAUGAUGUCGUACGAAGAAGCAUUCCGUCGCCCAAGCGCCAGCGGGCCAACAGCGGGAGCCACGUUGCGCAGCCCGAACUGUCCAUUGUGAAGACUCAAGCAAGUGACUCUACCAGUAGGGCCACUGGGUUUGGAGACCAUGCUGUCUCUCCAGAGGCCGUGUUGGAUAUCGCCGAUUUCGACUUUGGCUUUGGCCAAUCUAGCCUCUACCAACCAAACCCAACGACAGUUCAGACUAUGCCUCAGUCUUUUCCUGGAGUCAUGGAAGACAUGAUGCCGGGAGACGGCAUUUCUCACGCUUGGAGCCCUCCACACUCUACCACUUCAGAUUCAACAUUUACGUCACCCGUAGCACCACACAUAGACCCGCUCAGCCAAGUCUAUCUUGACAGCCCAGGCUUGUACAGGCAGUCUGUUCGGUCUGGCCAGUCACAGGGCGACGUCACUCCACCAAGACGGACGAGAAAGUAUGCGAAGCAAAGGACGAGGCAGAUUAUGCUUCGGCCUGCUGCAAGUGGGCGGGACUCGUCAACAGAAGAGUGGAUGCCCCAGAUCAUAAACAUCAACUCCCGCUUGUUCGAGCUAUCUUCAAGCCUACCACACCAGGCCGAACCUUCAGAAGACCCAGGGCGAUCUGUUAUGGUCUCAAGUGCCGAUGAAGGCAGCGCAAUGAUGACGCCGUUCCCUGUCGACGAGAUGUUUAAACUCUCGCGCCAUUUCGCCGAGAUUCUUUCGGAGAUGGCACCGAUCGAAGGCGCCUCUCCCGCUAGCGACAACGAAAGGCACCAGUCGGCUAGGGGAUUCGACACACUUGCGGAUCCGGCGACUUGCCUCUUCAUCCUCUCCACAUAUGUUCGACUUCUCGACAUGUACCACAGGGUAUUCAGCUGCAUUCACUUCCAACUAACACAUUUGCAGCCGGCCAACUUGUUUCAGUCUUGGAAGCUUCCCGGCGUCACUGUCGGUUCCUUUGCGGUUGAUUCGACGCCUUCACUUCAAAUGUCUCUUACGAUUCAGUUAGCAGAAGAGUUUCUCUUGCAGAUGCGGCAAGCAGCAUCAUCGCUAGAUCCGACUCAGAGAUCGACGAGCACAGUAGGUGGAAAGGCGCUUGACACGAGUUCUAUGUUCUCUGGGGUAGUAGAUGUCUCAUUCCAAGCCUUAAAGAGACAAGAAGAUGGCCUGUUGCAGGAGCUAAAGGACCUACAUAAGGAUAUGCAGUCCUUCUUGGACGGAUGA